AAAUGGAGAGGUGAGGGAAAAUCCCGCCCCGUUGGCUGUGAGGGGUGAGACCGGGACAGUCAAAGCUGGAAGCUGGAGAGUCAAAGUGAGAGGACGCUGGAAAGUUAGGACAGAACCUACUGUGGAUAUUAACGAGGUCUUUACUUUACUGCUAUUUUUAAGCGGACAAGGACAUGAAACUUUAAUUUUACAUCGAGUAUAUCGCCUUUUUGGAACGCAUCAAUUCUGCGUCUUUACGCACGAGAGGAAAAAACAAAUAAAACAACAACUUCGACAUUUUUGGAAAUCUGCUCAUUGCAGGGAUGUUCAAACGAGCCACAUCAUUCUGACAGGCUCCUCAAAGGAUGUGACUCUGCCAACUUGACCACCCUUGCCUCUGUGUCCAGUGCUGUGCCGCCCUCUGCUGUGUGACCGAGGAAGGUCAAGAAGGGCCAGGCAGUAUGAGUAAUCAAAUAGAGGAGGGGAUGAACCCUGUCAUAGUCAUCCACUACAACCACUCGGGAAAGUGGGAACGGCCCCGCGUCAGUGGGGCCUGUAAAAUGGUGCUGCUGCUUCUCAUCUGCGUGCUGAUUGUUCUGGAGAACAUUACAGUUCUCCUCGCCAUCUGGAGGAAUAAGCGCUUCCAUAGCCGUAUGUACUUUCUCAUUGGAAACCUAGCGUUGUCAGACCUGCUGGCUGGGGUGGCUUACAUGGUUAACAUCUUUACCUCGGGACCCAAAACCUUCUUCUUGACACCACUGGAGUGGCUGGCCAGAGAAGGCAGCAUGUUCGUAGCCCUCAGCGCUUCUACCUUCAGCCUUCUGGCCAUUGGGAUUGAGAGGCACAUGACAAUGGUGCGUCUGCGCCCCUGCGAGACAGCAGGUCGAGGUCGGCUUCUAGCACUGCUGGUAGCCUGCUGGCUUGUGUCGGUACUGCUGAGUGCUCUGCCCAGCCUGGGCUGGAACUGCCUAAACAAUCUGCCUUCCUGCUCCACAGUGCUGCCGCUCUAUGCUAAGAGUUAUAUUGCUUUCUGCAUCAGUGUGUUCAGUGCCCUGUUGGUGGCCAUCAUUAUACUCUACAUCAGGAUCUACCGUCUGGUGACCUCCAGUAGCCGCAGGGUGAGCAGCCGGCCUUCAGAGCGUUCGUUGGCCUUGCUUCGUACGGUGGUUAUUGUGCUUGGGGUUUUUGUCAUGUGCUGGUCUCCCUUGUUUCUCCUGCUCCUGCUGGAUGUUGGUUGCAGUCCAGAUAAGUGCCCUGUUCUCUACCAGGUGGACUGGUUCAUUGCCCUUGCUGUACUCAACUCUGCCCUUAACCCCCUCAUAUAUACUCUGUCCAGCAGAGAAAUGAGAAGCGCAUUUUUCCGGUUGCUGUGCUGUUGUCAGACCAGCAUGGAGCACACUGGGACUCCUGCAGUGGGCAACCCCAACCUAGGGACAAUCAUCCCCACAGGAGAAAACAGCAAGACAAGUUUUGGUGGAGGAGGGGGGAGCGGGGAUGGGAAGUCUACAAUGAAUAGAGGGAAGGUUCCCACACCUGUGAACUUAGACAACAAGCACGGAGAUCCCUCCGCCACUGCCGUGCCCCAUCCUUCAGGGCCAGCAGACCUGCUUUCAGCUGUACUUGUGAAGGCGGGAGCGCUGCCAGCCCUCAACAAGUUUUAAAUGGAAAAGCCUAAAUGAGGUGUUACAGUUACACAGAAACAGACUGGUCUGAUAUAAUCCUGCUACCAGCCACUUUUUGCUUGUACAGUGUCGUUUGGGAAGCAUGGCUUAGAUGAAGUAAUGAUAAAUACAUUCAGAAAUUCAUUUGGAACCAAAUGCAUCUGAUUCUGAAUCAUAGUACAAAGGAACUCUUAAAGCCACUAUUUACAGGAACUCAGAUGUCUUUUCCAACACUAAACUCGCUCGAAUACAGCGUCGGAGACUUACUUGGAUUUAGAAAUUUUUGACAUUGAAUUCAUAUUGACUGGGGAUGCCGUAAAGCAUGAUUUACUCUUUUAGUGUUUUGUCUGUCAUUGAGUUGGGUUUUUUUUCUUGUCAUUUUAAGCAAAAUGAUCAAAUUCUUGCACUUUUCUUUUUUUUGCAUGUACUAUACGCAGGAAAUCUUCAAACACCUGCAUUUUUCAUUACUUGACUGAUAGACUAUUUAUUUUCUGUGAGAACAUUUGCCACCUUAAUGCUACACAUCAGUGUUUUAUUUUUUGUUUGUUUUUUGCUUUGUGUGCAUGAAACCCAUCAUGGUACUAGGACUUUACUGUUCACUUUAUUAUUGAUUAUUUGCAAUGCACUGUGAGAGAAACCUAUUCUAUAAGUUUAGUGCCAGACUAGCAGCCUCAUCAGGCUGUGAUGUGCAUAAUUACAAACCAAAAACAACAAAAAACCUGUUGGUUGAAGGAAAAAUGACACUGCUAGUAGUUGAUUCUUACCACUAGUGGGCAACAUAGUAAAGUAUGCCCUGAUGGUAGUGCUGCAGGAGGUGGUGUUAAUUUGUGGGAUUCAACUCAUGGACAUUUCAGGUUCAGGUCAACAGAAGCUACACUGUGAGCAAAAUCGGCCUGGCUAAUAGCGACAAUCAUGAAAAUUUUAGGGUCUCAUCAGCACAUCUACAAACCACUUGCCCAUCAACUAACCACUAGUAAAUACGAGUGUUGGAUGUGAAUUAUUUAAAAGUUGUAGACUGUAAAUGACAUUUAUGCUGAGGGUGAUGUAUUGCCUGAUACGUUAAAUAGCAAAUAAAAUUCUAUUCGCUUUUA